GUAGCCGUCGUGUGGGGAUUGGAAUGCCAGAGUGAAACAAUCGGAGCAAGCAGACAGACUCUCCAAAUUAGUCUUUGGAGUCGAGAUUGUCCCUGUCAAAUACUAUAUCUUGUCAUCGCCUAAUAAUGUGCGUGUCAAACAACGGAUUUCGACGUCUUAUGUGACUGUAAGAUUCUUUACUUUUAACAGACAUAGAGCCUAACGUGAGGAGUAGGAAUGGAACUAAAGGUGCGUUUGUCUAGAUAAAGGGGAUAUGAUAAGAUGUUUAGAAAUGCAGGGAUUUGUCCGGCUAGAUCAUUGUAGUUAGUCCAACCUGGCCGCCUUUGCGAAAGCUAACUUGGAGCACUGGGCUGAACAUGACCUGGAUAGUAAACUCUACAGCUAUUGCAGUUAGAAAUGCGUUGAAGUCUUGACUAAUUUGUUUAAGUUUCCUUUAUCCUGCUACUGUGGUAGCCCACUGGGCAGCAACUCUUCACGAUAGCUAGUGAGAGUAGCCUACUGGUGUAACGUUAGCUACCAUUGCAACUCACCAGGUGAGUGAAAUGGAACGUCAGUACUCAACACGUAUUACUUGUAAACAUUUUGGGGGACAGUCAGGAUUACCUUGACUUGCAAGCCUAUGAAGAUUGUCUAACUGCACGCAGCUAGAUACAAGAAAGAACAAACCGAGGAGCGAAGGUGUAGAUGAUCCACAGAAGUCGCCCACAUGCGCUGGAUUUUGGAACGGAAUAAGAAGGUGGAAGACGUGAGAUCAAAAUCCUUGCAGCCUGGUGGAAGAUGGCGGAGCUCUGUAGUUGGAGGUGGUGAGAGAAAAACUUCAGGGCGCUUUGGAUUCAUUAGUGCACACCGUGACCCGGAUCAAAGGACCCAUGCAAGCCAAAAAACGGUAUUUAAUUCUAUUCUCUGCCUGCGCAUGUGUCGUUUUACUGUUUUACUUUGGAGUGGUGCAGCUCCCGGCUUCCAGGAGAAACCAGAACCGGCGUGAUGAUCGCAGCCGCAGUGGAUAUCAUGCGAGUCCGCACUGGCCUCACUUUUCGGACCCGCUGCAGCCUUUCAUUCCUUGGGAUCAGUCGGAGACCGAGGACUACAACGUUCACAUAUCGCCAAGGCAGAAGAGAGAUGCCAAUUCCGGGGUGUACAGGGGCAGACGGUGUCGAAUGGACUCCUGCUUUGAUUUUUCUCUUUGUAAAAAGAAUGGCUUUAAAGUUUACGUUUACCCGCAGCAAAAGGGUGAGAAAAUCUCAGAAAGUUACCAAAACAUUCUCUCUUCCAUUGAAGGAUCCCGGUUCUACACAUCGGACCCUGGGCAAGCUUGCUUAUUUGUUUUGAACUUGGACACAUUGGAUAGGGACCAGCUGUCUCCUCAGUAUGUGCACAACCUGAAAUCAAAGAUCCAAAACUUGCAUAUUUGGAAUAACGGUCGGAACCAUCUUAUAUUUAACUUGUACUCGGGGACAUGGCCGGACUACACGGAGGAUUUGGGUUUCGAUAUUGGCGAGGCCAUGCUUGCCAAGGCAAGCAUAAGCACCGAGAACUUCAGGCCCAACUUCGACGUGUCCAUUCCUCUGUUCUCUAAAGAUCACCCAAGGACCGGUGGGGAUAGGGGCUAUUUAAAGUACAAUAACAUACCUCCUUUGAGGAAAUAUGUGCUGGUGUUUAAGGGUAAAAGGUACCUCACAGGCAUAGGCUCGGACACCAGGAAUGCCCUGCAUCAUGUCCACAACUCUGAGGAUGUGGUGCUUCUCACCACAUGCAAACAUGGCAAAGACUGGCAGAAGCACAAAGAUGCGCGCUGUGACAAGGACAAUGCAGAGUAUGACAAGUAAGUGACAGUCUUGUAACUCCAACCAGCACUGGUGACCUGUGAAGUUGCUAUGGCCAUUUGUUCUCUAUAUCAGUCUUACUACCAAUGGAGCAGAUGCCACCCAUAGCACAUGAUGGGCCUCAGUAAAGUGACUCAUGGUUUAUUUGUGGGUGUGUACGUGUGUAUGUAUUUGUGUGACAGUCUAAUGUUAGCGUCUCUGCAUAGCCUCUACUCUGAUCAUUUCACUGUCAAAAAGGGCUGGGUAACCCAGGGCCUUGUCUCCAAGCGCUAUAUGACCAACUGCCAAGUGCAGGCACAAGACACUAAGGGAAGUUUACUGUAAUGUGAUUUGGAAGAUGGAAACUAGUGGCACUGUCGGGGCAUGUAAUUGCACCACAGAUGAGAAACUCAUUCACUUUCAGGAAGCCCUUUCUAGAGAAAACAGUUCAA